GAACAGAACAAAGGCAUCCACAAGGUCGAUUGGAGGCUAUGCCCUAUACUGGCUGUGUUGUACCUGAUCUCGCAUCUGAAUAGGAAAUUUCAUCAUGGAUUGCUACAUCGAAGGCUCGAAGACACCCUCAACAUGCUAGGCACUGACUUCAACGUCGCGCUCAUAAUGUUCUUCAUUCCCUUCGUGCUCUUCGAAGUGCCUUCCAACAUUACAUCAGCGAAUUUCAAAUGA